UUUUUUUUUUUAAUUAAAAAUAUAGCUAGAUAAACAUGGUGGGUAGUGCCAUAGAAUUAACCGGUAGUAUAGUACCCUGUCAUGCUGAUAACUUGCACCUGAUGAAGCCUCUGGUGAGGCUAACCACCACCUUGCUUAUCUAUACCCAGGGAGAAGCUGGUUUUGGCCUUAUGCGGCAUUUGGUUAUGGCGCAUAGGUUGAAAAGGUUGGCACGUAUGCCAAAGGAAAUUUCUUCAACCUAUUGCUGGAAGCAUAAAUUGUUAAUAUCCAUAGGGCCUCAAAUUUUUCGGGCGAGGAGCUAGUAGUUACCCUUUUUAAGGCCAAAAUGCUCUCUAGGCAUGCGUCUCCUGGAACUUAUGAUGCUCAUAAGUAAUCAUGGGUGUAUGACUUUUUCUUGAGCCAUUCAGUGAAAAAGGAUCUUUAUAGAUUAGCCCUAUUGUUCCAUAUCAGGCUUUCUAUUCUAUAAAUCAUUAAAAAUGAUUCUGAAAGUUGAUAGUAAAUUUGCUUGUUCCUUAAGCAUUUAGUCUGCCAAUUCUUAGUAAAUGACAUUUUCAAUUUCAUAUAUUUUCAGGAUUAGCUGAAAGGAAAACUAAUACCUAUAUCACUCUAUGCCUUUUUUCACAUGAAAUAGAUAGGUAUGUUUUCAGAUAUCUGCUCAGUGCUGAUGCGGCUGUGCACAAAACAAUUCAGUGCAGUUUUUUUCAGAAGAGAAGUGAAGAUGAUCCUAUCAUCCACUCAAUAGUUCUUUAGAUGCUGCUCUUCUGAUUCAUGGUUCUUUUCAAGCAUGUCUGCUUGGUCGCAUAUAAAUUAUUCAACAGAGAAGAUGUAAAUAAUAAUAAAUUAUUGGAUACCUCUGAAAAAAUGGUGGGAAAAGGGAAUCCAAACUAAUCACACCUCUAGAUGCAGGAAAAGCAAAGUUCAAUAUUCUUAAGGACAUUCUCAUGAUUAAAACUUUGAAUUUCAUGUAACAUUUUCAUUGAGAAACAUUGUUGUACUCUCUGUAAUCUGCGUACGUCUUACUAAUUAAUAUGACCCAUCAUGAAAUUUACCCAGAAGAAAAAAAUUGUCAUGUACUCACUUCUUGAAAUCCUUUAUGGCAAGCAAAAAAUUCCCCCCAGUGGAGCAGUUGAUCAACAAGCUUUAGAUGGAUCAACAAUCUUUAAAUGGAAGCGAAGGAUUAGCAAGAUUGAGCAUCACUUGCUAUGGUAUUACUGAAAGAAACAACCAAGAGUCCUGUCCAGAGAUAUUUUCAAUUUGGUAUGUCGCAAACUAGACGUAGGGAAAAAUUGAAGAGCUCCUAGCUAGUGGAAUUUCCAUUUGACCGUGUUGUACUUAGUCUGGUGUAAUUUGGUCAAUGGCUGAAGGCAUAUACGUGUAUAUAUAUAUAAUCCUUGUUAUCUGCUAAACUAGACAUGUUUUCCAGUAGAGAUCCAUGGUAUUAACACUUUGUAAUAUCCAUGUAUCAGAAGUCCAUAAUCCAUGGGAACGUGGUGGUGAAGGGGAUCAUCAGAAGGAAAAAAAAAAAAAAGAAGUUGAGGAAGUGAGGGAAAAAGCAACCAAAAUUUUGACCAACUUUUGACGUGGAAAGCCCAUUAAACAUUUGCAGUCCAAAAACUGAUAGAUUUCAGAAUGCUUUCCCAGUCCAGGAACCUAAGAAUCCCAAUAAGGUGCAUUAUUUUGUAAUAAUAUUCAAUUCUAAUCUUCAGAAUUAGUUCUGGUAAGACACUGUGGUUGCCUAUUAUAAUAUCCAGAUUGUUGAAAUAUAGUGGUUGGGACCGAUGAAAGUGCAAGUUAUGGGAAGAACAUGGGGGCCUUAUCGACGCUUGUUAUUCCUUUUACCUUUUUCCACAACUAGCAUCUGCAGUCUCCGCAUUCACAGAAAUAAUAAUAAUAAUCAUAAUAAUAAUACUAAAAGCCAAUGCCUAAAUGGAAUGUGGUCGAUUUCCUCCACCAAAAACCAAUUUAAAAUAAUAAUAAUAACAAUCAGUUUCAGAUUUUUUGAUGUCCAUUCCAGUAUCCUCUAUAUAUAUAUUCUGAUUCUGCAUUCAUCCAAGGCCAAACCUAGUUAAGUCUUUGGUAAGUUGUAGUGAAGUGUCAGUUAACAGUUAGAACAAACCCAGUUGCUUCUUCCAACUUCCCAUAAUUUAGGCUGGAUUUCCUUUGUCGGAUGUAGUUUUGAUCUAGUACUAGUAAGCAAAAGUUGCUUAGUUUCAGAAAUUUUUCCAAGUUGAGCUCGAAAUGGGCUGUUCCUGUUUGUCAUUACUUGUAUUCUGCACUUUCUUUCUUUGCUUCUUCCUUCACACCACCCAAGCUAGGUGGCAUCGCCACACAAAACACAAGCACACUCACUCUCACAAUCGUCCCUCUUCUCCACCGCCUGAAUCUUCUAAUAUGCCUCCCACUUCUUCUCCUGAGCCUGCAAAUCCGCCUGAUGAUGGCCACAAUUAUGGGGUUUUUGAUGUGCGGAAAUUUGGGGCUGUUGGUGAUGGCAUAACGGAUGAUACGGAUGCAUUCAAGAUGGCAUGGGAAACGGCUUGCCAAGUUGAUUCUGCAGUCAUCCAUAUUCCUUAUGGCUUCAAAUUCAUGAUUCAGUCUACAAUUUUCACAGGACCUUGUCAAGCUGGUCUACGUUUUCAGGUUGAUGGCACUCUUAUGCCUCCUGAUGGACCAGACUCCUGGCCCAAAAAGAACAGUAAGCGACAAUGGCUGGUCUUUUACAGAAUUACUAUGAUGUCUCUAGUAGGAGGUGGUGUAAUAGAUGGCAGAGGACAGAAAUGGUGGGAUCUUCCUUGCAAACCCCACAAGGGAGUUAAUGGAACCACAUUGCCUGGACCCUGCGACAGUCCAAUAGCCAUAAGGUUCUUUAUGAGCUCCAACUUGACUGUUCAAGGACUUAGAAUCAAGAACAGCCCACAAUUCAACUUCAGAUUUGACAACUGCAAGAAUGUUCAUAUAAAAUCCAUUCACAUUACUGCUCCUGCCCUUAGUCCUAACACUGAUGGUAUACACAUAGAGAACACCAAUAAUGUGGAAAUAUAUGAUUCUGUAUUCUCAAAUGGUGAUGAUUGCAUUUCGAUCGGGUCAGGCUGUUAUGAUGUAGACAUAAGGAACGUCACUUGUGGACCUAGUCAUGGAAUCAGCAUUGGGAGUCUAGGCAAUCACAACUCGCCGGCCUGUGUAUCUAACAUCACCGUCAGAGACUCGGUGAUUAAAGUGUCGGAUAAUGGAGUAAGAAUCAAGACAUGGCAGGGUGGAUCAGGAGCAGUUUCAGGAAUAAUAUUCAGUAACAUUCACAUGGACAAUGUAAGGAAUCCGAUUAUAAUAGACCAGUUCUAUUGCCUGACAAAGGAAUGCUCCAACCAAACAUCAGCAGUUUUUGUUUCGGACAUUCUGUACGAAAAUAUAAAGGGAACAUACAACAUUCGAAGCCCACCAAUGCAUUUUGCCUGCAGCGACACAGUUCCUUGCACCAACUUGACGCUCUCAGAUGUUGAGCUUCUUCCUGCUCAAGGAGACCUAGUACUGGAUCCAUUUUGUUGGAAUGCAUAUGGAAAACUUCAGACACUAACUAUUCCACCUGUUAGUUGCUUGAUGGAUGGAGCUCCUCGUUCCAUGUUGGAUAAUGAUAUGGAUCAUUGUUGACCCACUAGAUUCAACUGUAAAGCAGCUCCAACAUAUGUAUGUACAAAAUUGAAAAAGACGCCAUGAUUAUGCUGUGCUUUAAUCUCCUCUCAUAUAAAUUAAGAUAUAAUUUAUCAACUUUUCUGUUAGGACAGCACUCAUCUCCCUCCAUAAAAUAUGGGAGACAAGAAUUCCUACCAAAUUUCAAGAUGGAAAUAUGCUGAAUGUGUUACAUUCUUAUUUUACUGUAUUUCAUGAUAUAUUCCAUUAUGAGUUGCAAAAGAAAGAAAGAAAAAAAAAAUCUUUCACAGAGAGACAAGAAAAAUUGGGAAACUGAGGAAGUGAAGUUGUAACUUCUAAGGAAGAUUGUCGGAGCCUUUCCCAGCACUAACAUUGAUAAGGGAUGGGCGAAGUGGAGGGGACAAGCUUUAUCAACCUCUCUUGCACGCGAAGACGACUACUAUAAAUAAAAUUGUAAUAAUAUAAAAUUGCAGACUAUAUGUUAUGCAUCAAUUGUUCUCUGAAAAAGUUGCGGCCGGAGCACCGGCUACAGCCAAUUGCCACC